AAGCUUAAAAUAUGCAAAAUUCUCAGAUAUUCAAUCAAAAAUUCAGUCUUGGCAAAAAUCAAAAAAAGAUAUUUGGGAUCUAGUUGAAUCUUUAAUGCAAUCAGAUGAAUAUCUACCAGAAAAAGAUAAUUUCGAAUUAUAUAAAAAAUUUAUUCAAAUUAUUGAUAUGAUACUAUUUUAUUGUCAAAAGCUAAAAAUUUCAUACAAUAACAAAAUUGUUCUAAAAUAUAACCAAAUACGUGAAGAAAUUUUAAGUUCUUCAGAUUCAAAUCAAUUUGUAAUUGAUUUAUCUAUUAAAUAUAGUAAAUACAAAUUCAAACCACAUUUAUAUCAAGAAAAACCUGAACUACUUUUUCCAAUAAUUAAAUUAGAAAAAUAUUUUGUUCAUAUUUCAAGACAAGUUGAUUCAUCACAAUAUUAUAUUUCUAAAAAAGAACUAAAAAAAACAAUCAAUUUUGAGAAACUUUCCAAAUGGAUCAAACAAAAAUUUAACAAAACAUAUAAAACUUCAUUAGAUUUCUUACUCGAUGAAGAAAAUUUAUCGAUUGAUUCUAAUUUUGAUUCAGUUAUUUGUGAAAAGUUAGAAAAUAUUUUAGAUGCUUGUUUACUAA